AUGGCUUCGGUAUUUGCAAAGACGCUCCCGUCGUCACUCAGCGCCCGGACGCUAUUUGUCAAAUGCUCGCCUGCGCCAUCGAGCUUUACUGAGCGCCGGGCCGUUCUCAAGACCCUGGCCGCGGCUGGCACCGACACGAACAUUGAGGUCUUCAAGAGGCUCGAGGACAGCUCCUCGUUCAUUGCAGUCACGACCACGCCCGAGAGUGCCCGGUCACUCCUUAGCGAUUCACCCUACGAGCGCAUCGUCCACCUGCAGGAUGCGGCCAAGGCCUCGCUCUUCUCGACCGCUGCCUGGGGCGCUUCUUUCCGAACAACAAUCACGGACCCCGUCAAUGUUCAACCAGUAGAACAAUGGAGGCGCCGGGGAAGUAAGUCGACGGGGACGGGUGACACGACCGCCGAGAUCAGCAUGGGGCUCAUCAGCAAGACCUUUACAAUACAUGUGUUUCCGGCCAAUGCCUCGUUCAAUCACAAACGCGCCGUCGAGCUGAGCCCGCUCCACGGGCCAUGGCCGCGCAAUGAUGGCUACGACACGUUUGUGUCUUUGGCCUUGAAGAAAUCGAUCCCCGGCAGUCGCAUGUCGCCCGGUCUGCGCGACUGGCACACGGGCAGACAAUUAUCUCAAGAUCCUAUGGGGCAUGAGGAUGAGGGAGCAGAGAGCCUCCUUGGAAGCAAAUCGCGCCGAUCCUAUUUUAUUGAAAGGCGUAUACGGAAAGCCGAGAAUGAAAUACCCGACGUGAUGCGAAGUCUAGCCGCCGUCGCAAAAUCUUCAAAGACACCAUCAUCAUCAUCAAGUCAGGAAUCAAUAGCAGAACAGAAGGGCAAGCUGUCGCAUGAGCCUACGCUACCUAACAAGUCCAAUUGGAACGACGCACAAUCGGUAGCGGAUGACACCAACAAGAGGGAAAACAGUCAUAAGGACAUGAUCAAGGACAAGCCCAUUUCACCGUCUGAUUUCCACGACUUAUUUCACGGGUCUUGA